AUGACACAGCACACCCCCGAGUUCCUGCGCCAGCGCAGCUCCAACAUGUCUCUGCGCAUGGCUGCUCUCGCCAACAGUACCGGCGCAACACCCUCGACCCCCGCCACUUCGCUGCCCAGCGCGCGAGAGAUGCCCCGGAGCGUCGAAGCCAAGGAUCUGAAGCCAGAGGACUUCACUAAGCCGUUUACCGAUUUCCUACAGGAAAACCCAACCGUCUUCCACGCAGUAGACUAUUUCAAGAGGAAGGCAACAAAGCAAGGCUACACCGAGCUAUCAUCACGGGAUGACUGGUCCGACAAGAUUGUCCCCGGCGGCAAGUACUUCUCUACCCGAAACGGCAGCACUAUCAUUGCAUGGACUGUCGGCAAGGCAUACAAGCCGGGCAAUGGCGUUGCCAUGAUCGCUGGACACAUCGAUGCCUUGACCGCGAAGCUCAAGCCCGUCAGCAGCAAGCCCAACAAGCAAGGCUACCUCCAGCUCGGAGUAGCACCCUACGCUGGCGCCUUGAACGAGACGUGGUGGGACAGAGACUUGAGCAUCGGCGGCAGAGUCAUUGUCCGCGACGAGUCGGGAAAGACGUCAACCAAGCUCGUCAAGCUUGAUUGGCCGAUAGCCAAGGUCCCGACCCUGGCGCCUCACUUCGGCGUCGGGAUGCUCGGCCAGAAUAACAAGGAAACCCAGACGGUUCCCGUCAUUGGUCUGGACAACUCCGACCUUUAUCCCACUGCCGACGCGCCUUCGGUCGAGGCCCUUGGCCCUGCCGGAUCCUUCGUGGCCACCCAACCCCCGAAGUUGGUGAAAGUCAUCUCCAAGGAGCUGGGCAUCACGGACUACUCGCAGAUCAUAAACUGGGAACUGGAGCUCUUUGAUCUUCAGCCCGCAACCGUUGCCGGUCUGGACAAAGAGUUCAUCACCGGAGGCCGCAUUGAUGAUAAGCUCUGCAGUUGGGGCGCUUUCGAGGGUCUCCUUGGAUCCAAGCUGGAGGACGGCGAGGGAACCAUCAAGCUGGUCGCUUUAUUCGACGAUGAGGAGAUUGGCUCUCUUCUCAGACAGGGUGCCAAGGGCAACUUCAUGCCUUUGGUCAUUGAGCGCUCUGUCGAGGCGCUAUCAGAGAAGGCUGGCAAGAGUUUCGGUCCCAGCGUCGUUGGCCGGACAUAUGCCAACUCGUUCUUGGUGUCUGCAGACGUCACGCAUGCCGUCAACCCCAACUUUGUUUCCAAGUACCUCGACGACCACGCACCGCGUCUGAACGUGGGCAUUGUCAUCUGCGCCGACAGCAACGGCCACAUGACCACCGACGCUGUUUCCACGGCCAUUUUGACACGCGUAUGCGAGCUUUCGGACUGCACGCCCCAGGUGUUCAUGAUCCGCAACGACUCGAGGAGCGGCGGCACCGUCGGCCCUUCGCUGUCCAGCAUGAUGGGCGUGAGGUCAGCGGAUGCCGGUAUGCCGCAGCUCAGCAUGCACUCGAUCCGUGCGACCACUGGCGCGCUGGACCCCGGCCUGGGUGCCAAGUUCUUCAAGGGCUUCUUGGACAACUUUGAGAAGGUUGAUGGCGAGUGGACACAGUAG